CACACCACACCUUUCUGUGAACUCUCCCGACCGGGCGCGGUUCCCAGGGUGGAGUUAUACCGCCACUGCUCCGAGAACAACUACAACCAAUCUGCAUACUUAGCGCGGCCGUUACAGCUGUCGGUGCACUUUUUCUUUUCCCUCCGGGCCUGCGCUUCUCUGGAAGCCUGUUCUGUCGAUCCGUUCACAAGAGGGGCGCCGAGUUGGGAAGAUGAUGGCUCCGGAGCCGCUGCGAUCAGCGACAGCCAUCGGGGUCGCGGAGGAUACUUCGCUCGCGCUGCCCUCCGACAACAAGUUGCGGUCGGGACAGCAGCGCGUGCUGGACCAGGUCCACAGCAUUAAGAGGAGCAAGUCCAAACACGGCAAGAGUGUCAGAGCUCCUUCUCCUACAAGUCCACCUCUGCCGUCUUUCACAAAACAAACAGAUUUCGCCUCGUUCAGAUAUUCUCCAUCCAAAGCAAAUGGCACCUUCCGCAGCAAAUCCACUAUGUCUGCUGGCACCACGAAGGAGACGAGUCGUACUCUAUCCACUAGAAAUUCUGGAGGAAGAUAUAUGAGCACCUCCGGUGUUUGGGAAGAGAAUAUCAGUGCCUCCACCUGGCCAAAGGCUCCCAAUGGGAUAAAACCCAGUAAGAGUGACCCUGCCUUGGCCCCACCUUUUUCUCCUGCCACUGGACCUGGCAUGAGAAUAAAAGGACAGAUGGCACAGGGCCAAAGCACCUUUCAAACUCGAACAAACAGACACAGUGUUUCGUCAGUGACUAACGGUAAUGCGAUCACCAGCAGCCAGUCGCGCAUAGUCCGGAUGCCCUCCACCCAGUCUCAACAUGAGGGCAAGAUGGGUACCAUCAAAAUGGAGAGUAAAUCAAUGAUGAACAAUCCAGACCUGACCCUAAAGGAGGCUGUAGAGUUUUUGGAUAGCAGUGAGGAAAGUUACCAGCAGUGGGGAGCAACUUUCAUCCAACACACCACCUACACCGACGAGUCUGCCAAAUCAGAGGUUUUCCAACUCGGGGGCAUUCCUACUCUGGUGGCCCUGCUGAGAAGCAGCAAUCCUCAGGUGUGCCAGGUUGCUGCUGGAGCUCUGAGGAACCUGGUGUUCAAGAACCAAAAUAACAAACUGGAGGUUCAGCGCUGUGGUGGUAUAGCGAAGGCCCUUCAGCUGCUAAAGGAAACAGAUUCUACUGAGGCCCAGAAACAAAUUACCGGCCUGCUGUGGAACCUGUCCUCUGCCAACGAGCUGAAGGAAGAGCUUGCAGCUACAGCACUGCCCGCCCUGACUCAAUGUGUGGUGGUGCCCUACACAAGCUUGUCAGACACCGGUCCGAGUAGCUACAUUGACCCCUCUGUCUUCAGCUCUGCCACAGGGUGCCUGCGGAACUUGAGCUCUGGUCGGGGUGGACAGAGGCAGGCAAUGAGAAGCUGUCCUGGCCUUAUCGACUCCCUCAUGAGUUACAUGAAGUCCUGUGUGGCAGAGCAAAACCCCGAUGACUCGUCCUUGGAGAACUGUGCAUGCAUCCUCCAUAACUUGUCCUACAAACUGGAGCAAGAGUCCCCCAUGAGUUUCAUAAACUACAACCCAAGUAGAGAUGCCCAACACGAGAAAAGCCCCACAAUUGGAUGCUUCAGCCCUAAGAGCAGCAAGGCCCAAAAGACGUUCUCCUUUGAUACUGUGGAUGCUAGCCCCCCAUCAGGUGUUAAGUGGUUGUCCCAUCCCAAAGCUAUAGACACCUACCUGUCCCUCCUGGAAUCGUCCGAGAACAAAGCCACUCUAGAGGCCUGCUGUGGUGCUCUGCAGAACCUCACUGCCAGCAAGGGAAGCGGGUCAGAUGCUGUGAGCCAAAUUUUGGUUAGUAAGUCCAGAGAUCUGAGUCAAUUUGGACCUCUGCUGAAGCCCUCUAACCCGAAGCUUCAGAACACUGCCUUGUCCUUGUUGGGUAACAUGUCUCGGACCGACAGUUUGCAAGGCACCAUGGCAAAGCAGAUCUUGCCUCAGCUCGGAGAACUCCUGCAGGGUGGGCCCAGUCAGUUGGGAAAUUCUGACGAGUCUGUAGCAGCAGCUUGCAACACAGUGCUAAGACUGAUGUCAGCAAACAGUGACACCAGCAAGAAGGUCAUCAAUAAUGCCGUUAUUCGGUCGCUAUUUGACCUCAGUGAAGACAAGAAACUUACCAAGGGAAGCAGCGCAGCCUCGCUGCUGCUGUACAGCAUAUGGCAAGACAAGAAUUUGCAAAGCUCUGUGAAAAAGAUGGGGUUGACCAAAUCAGCCUUCAUCAACGACAACAUAACCCACGUGGUCUCGCAGCUCGAAGGACAGUGAUCGGGCGGGAUCGGCAGCAGUAACCGUAAAAGAUAGAAACCGACGUGUUCAGACACUGCUGUUGCCACACCCUUCCAACGAAGACAACAAAAAAAGAGAGA